AUGAACUUGACAUACAUUUUAUUACUCAUAUUGCAAUUAUUUGCAGUAUUUGCAUAUUCAUAUUCUCCAAUUCCACGAUCUGGCCAUCUAUCAGCAUUUAUUAACAAUAAAUUAUAUUUUAUUGGUGGUUCAACAACUCUGGAUAGAUCUGUUAUUACAAAUGAUUUCUUUUACAUUGAUUGUUCUGUGAACUUUAAUAGCACAAUUGAAAGUAUACCUUAUAAAAAUCUUUCAGAUUUAGCCGGAAUUCCAAGUAUUGAUGUAGCCGGUUCUUCUAUCAUUGGUCCUUAUAAUGAUAUAAUAUUAACUUUUGGUGGUAUAGGAAAAAAUAAUAGAUUUGGUUAUCAAUUAAUAUACACUUUUGAUACAAGAACUUAUAUCUGGAAACCUUUAACAACAAAUGGAAUUAUACCACCUAUAAGAAAAGGUGUUCGACCUAUAUAUAACUCUGGAAGAUUGUAUGCCUUUGGAGGAUUUGAUAAUAUUAAUGGAAUAGCUUAUAAUUACAUCGAUUUGCUAGAUAUUAUUGGAUUUACUUGGUCAAAUAAUACCUUAGCAGAUGGCCUUUCUGGAAGAGACGGCUACGGAUCUGCUUUAUUGCCAGAUGGUAACAUCUUAUAUUUAGGUGGAUAUUUCUCUGGUAAAACUAUUGACUUAAAUAUUGUAAGUUCUAAUCAUGCUGCAGCACCAACUUUAGCUGUAUUGGAUUUGACUUCAGAACCUUUUAAAUGGAUUUCUCAAACUGUGUCUGGUGAUUCUAUACCUCCACCUUUACUUCUUCAUACAGCAAAUGUUGUUAAUAAUUAUAUGAUUAUAGCAUAUG